UUAUUAUCUUGUGAUUCGUGAAUGGUGCUGCAGUAGUGCGGGAGACAGAGCACAGAGAACCAAGCAAACAAUGGGUACUGACAAGUCAAACCGGGUCGGGUUAGUGAUAUCCAGAACUGACCCGAUUCGGGAUUUCCUUUCCGACGCAUCAAAAGACGCGACUCUCUCCGACGAACUUCAACGAACAUCCUCCGAUCUGCUCCUCCAGUCGGAGAUACCCUACGUGCCAUUUCGCACUGUGUGGAUGGCCUCUGACCCAUCAACCAGACCCGACUUGACCCGACUCUUUUCGGGCACCCGCUUCAUCUUCUCCAGCCCUAAGCCCAGGGAAAAGAGUGAAGAAUUGAAGGCGAGGCUGAAAAAGUUGGAAGAUAUAGCGGAGAGGAAAGCGUAUCAAGAGCUUGUGAAGGAUAUUACGCCGCCUAAGGAUGUUCAGGAACCCUUCUCUUCUUACAAGGAUCAAUUAGGCUUUGGUUUGCAUGUUGUGGUUACCAUGUUUACUGGCUAUCUUCUCGGAUAUGCAGCAUUUAGAGCAUUGUUUAAUCACAGUCCUGCCAUGAAUGCCGCUGGAGGAAUUCUUGGGUUGGUUGGUGCCAUGUUUGUUGAAACUUUCCUUUUCAUUAUUAGAAGUUCCAAUGCAGAUGCCGACAAAACAAGAAAAUCCAGUCAGAAACCGAGAUCAUCCUUUUCAACAUCCAGGAUUAAGAAAAACCAGUAGACAUGAUCAGUAUACUUUGCAGGAUGAAAACUUUGGAGCAAAUACCACUAACCAUUUGCAAACAUCAUUGAAUCAUUGAUGUACUGUGCAGAGGAAAGACAGCACGUGAAUCACACAAAAUACCCUUCCUAUUUAAUUUCAUGUGAUGAUAAAGUAUUUUGAAUUACUAGUGUACAAGCAUGAAAUUUAUGGCUAAAUUAUUCUACAUGUCCUUGAA